AUGCUGCGUUUAUGUCAUAGAAAUAUAUUAGAUCAAUGCCUGAAUAUAUCUGCAUUUAAAGAUAUCUUACCAGGCAUUAAAUGCACUAGUAGAAUUCAAAAAAUAAUAGACAGGCACUACGCAAAUAAAUCAAAUGAUGAAACCAAGCUAGAACGAAUAUACUACGGCCCACUGACGCCACAAAUAAAGGCAGUAAAGGUGUUUUCACUCUCUUCUAGUGCAGCUGGUUUGCUUGCACAACCUAUAAUUUUAAAGGAAGCAUCAAGUAUAGGAAGCACAUCGCUUUUAGUAGCAAUUUGCUCGGUGGUUGGUUUCUUUACAUUUGUAACUCCACUAUUAUUGCAUAUCAUCACAAAAAAGUAUGUGACAGAAAUGUACUAUGAUUCAGAGACUUCAACUUAUAAGGCAGUCACAAUUAACUUUUUCCUUGUUCCGAAAAAGUUGGAAUUCAAAACUGAAGAUGUAGUGGUUCCUGAUAUCCCGGGUAUGUUCACAACAAUGUUAGCUAAAAACACGCCGCUAUUCAUUGAGGCUAGGCAUUUUAAUGAUCCAUCACAUUAUGCCAAAAUUAUGGGUUACGAUAAACCAAUAGAUUUCAAACUUGGCAAUUUAGAGGAUAGUUCUGAAAAUGUAAAAAAAAUGUGA